CAAAAGAGUAAAGGACCGAAUCAAUUGGACAUGCAACCCUAAAUAGAAAUAAACGAUUUGUUUAUCAGAAACAAAAAAAACAUAUCUAACAUCGACUGUACCUAUGAUUCAGACUCGAACAAUUCUUGUGUGUUUAGAGCUUCUGGAAAACCAUAUUGACGAGAUUGAAAUAGGAGCAGAAUCUAGAUAGAGAUGAGAUUUAUGUGUUAUAGAUGAGAUUAUUGUGUUAGAGUGAGAAUCGUAGAGAAUCGUGAAAAUGUUCGAGACGAAGAGAUAGAGGAGAUAGAGGAACAGAAAAAAUAAUAAUUAAAAAUUGGUAAGCCCGGGCAAAUGAAAACUUUUCCGCCUAAAUUAUACGUAGCGCUUCCACCUAAAGUGCUAUGUAAACUGCCUAUUAAAAUUCUUAAAAAUUCGGCCCAACCAAAGAUAGCGUUUACAAUUUUAUAAACGCUAUCUAAACCCAAUUACGUAUCAACCAUAGCAUAAACAAAAAAACCGCUAUCCUACUACGCUAUAAAAACCCUCUUUUCUUGUAGUGAUUUGUUAAAUAACAUUUUUACAUGAAUAGCAGACAUAAUCAGUUUCUAAAAUACCAUUGUUUCCAGGUACUCUAGCGAUACCUAUGAUCGCAUUUGGAGACCGUACUUUAAGAUGGAAUGGACCAACAUUUCCACCACUCUAGACGUGGAUAUUGCCAACAAAUAUGAUCCACCGAAAGAUGCGCAAAAAAAUGUUGCCACGCCAGCUAAUGCCAGUGCGCCAUUGACGAUUGAAUGGAGUUCAGAAAAUCCUGAUGCACAGUAUUACCUGUACUCACACUUUUCUGAGAUCCAAGACUUGCAGGCAAAUGAAACCAGGGAAUUCAACAUGAAUUGGAAUGGAAAACUUUACUAUGCCUCUCUAACUCCAUUAAAGUUAGGAACAACUACUGUCUCUAGCCACUCACCGACAACUUGCAAUGGAGGGAAAUGCAGUGUUCAGCUGAUACGAACCAACCGAUCAACUCUUCCACCUCUACUCAAUGCUUAUGAAGUCUACACAGUCAUUCAGUUUCCGCAGUCCGAAACCGAUGAAAGUGACGGUGUGGGACUUUCUUUUUCCAGUUCUAUGCUUUCUUAUUAUACAAUAGAGAACUCAAGACAUUAAAACCUUUCUGAUGUCAGUGAGUGCCAUAAGAAGCAUUGCGGCCAGCUAUGCGUUAAGUAGAAUCAACUGGCAAGGUGAUCCAUGCUUCCCUCAGCUGCUUAGGUGGGACGGUUUAAACUGCACAGACGCGGAUAUGUCCAUUCCACCAAGAAUCACUUCUUUAAACUUGUCUUCAAGUGGUUUAACUGGAACCAUAGCAGCUGCCAUUCAAAGUCUUACACAACUAGAAAAACUGGACUUGUCCAAUAAUAACUUGACUGGAGGAGUGCCGGAGUUUCUAGGCAACAUGAAAUCGUUGUUGGUCAUAAAAUUAAGCGGGAACAAUCUUAAUGGUUCACUCCCUCAAGCCUUACAGAGGAACGGACUAGACCUAUCUGUCAAAGGAAACCCAAGGCUUCGUGUCUCCGAUUCAAGUAGAAAACCACUUAAGAAGAAAGUUUUUGUAUCAAUUGUCGCAUCAGUUGCUUCUGCAGCCAUUGCCAUUGCUCUAUUGCUUCUUUUCCUUUUACACAUAAAGAAAAGAUCAAAAGCUGUAGAAGGUCUUUUCAUGAUAGACAUCAAAUAA